CUCUGAAGAAGGGAAUAUCAGAGGAAAUAGACAGCCGCCAGGUGCUGCCUUUCAUUUUUUACGUUUGCCUCUGCCGGACCGGUUGAAUAUGCCAGUCUCACCGCAUCUCCCCUUCCAUUGACCGAACCUACCCCCUUUUCCCGUCGAGAAAACUAGUAGAAUCGAAAGCUACGCGACUUUUUUGUGCCACCGGGAGGUGGUCAUGGUCUAGAGUCUAGACCCAUUUUCUCUCGACGUGACUGGUUUCUGCCGAUCAUUCCGUGCCACCUAUCGCAAGAACAGCGAGUGCGGCUAUACGGGCAUCCAAUCCACACAGAAAAUGUCUUCGCCGGCAACGGGGACGGCCCCCGCCCCCGCCGCCCCCGCCGCCCCGGGCCCCGCCGGGAUCGGCGUGGAUGCCGAGCACGAGGCCCGGACGAGGAUGCGGUUCAAGCACUGGGCCUCCACAUUCGCCAGCCGGCACAGCCUGCCCCGCCGGCGCCAGCCCCGCCACCACUCUGCGGCCCGCACUGGCAGUGGCAGUGCCGCCGGGCAGCGGCCGCCGCGCGCGCCGAGGUGGUGGAAGAUCCGCCUCUUCCGCGGCAUGGUCAACGACGUCCGGCGCAGGGCCCCUUACUACUGGAGCGACUGGAGCGAUGCCUGGGACUACCGGGUCGUCCCUGCGACCGUGUAUAUGUACUUUGCCAAUAUUCUCCCAGCUCUGGCAUUCUCCCUCGACAUGUUUACGAAGACGCAUAUGCAGUACGGCGUAAAUGAAGUCCUGCUGUCUUCCGUUCUGGGGGCCGUGGUCUUUUCUGUCCUUGCCUGUCAGCCGCUGGUGAUUGUAGGAGUGACGGGUCCCAUUACUGUUUUCAACUAUACGGUCUACGAUAUCAUGAAACCUACGGGAACCAACUUUCUAGCCUUCAUGUGCUGGAUUGGGCUGUGGUCGGUUCUCUUACACUGGCUCCUCGCCAUCACCAACUCGUGCAACUGGCUCCGCUACGUGACCAGGUUCCCCUGCGACAUCUUCGGCUUCUACGUGGCCUUCAUCUACCUGCAGAAGGGGAUCCAGGUCCUCGAGCGGCUGGGCGACGGCGAGUCCUUCUACCUGUCCAUCGUGGUCGCGCUCCUCGUCUUCGUGGUGGCGUACGUCUGCAGCGAGCUCGGGCGCGGCAGCCUGUUCCGGCACAGCGUGCGCGUGUUCCUCAAGGACUACGGCACGCCGCUAACCGUCGUCUUCUUCACGGGCUUCGUGCACAUCGGCCGCAUGAGGAACGUGCCGCUCGAGACCCUGCCGACGAGCACCUCCUUCCUCCCGACCGUCGACCGCGGCUGGCUGGUCGACUUCUGGAACAUCAGCGUCGUCGACGUGUUUCUCGCCCUGCCCUUCGCCGUGCUGCUGACCAUUUUGUUCUGGUUCGAUCACAACGUAUCCUCCCUCAUCGCCCAAGGCACCGAAUUCCCCCUCACCAAGCCCGCCGGCUUCCACUGGGACCUCUUCCUCCUAGGCCUAACCACCGGCGUAGCCGGCCUCCUCGGCCUCCCCUUCCCCAACGGCCUCAUCCCGCAGGCCCCCUUCCACACCGAAUCCCUCUGCGUGACCACGACCACCACGGCAGCAACAGCCGACGACGGCAAGGUCCACCCGACGGGUCCGCGCGCCACGCGCGUCGUCGAGCAGCGCGUCAGCAACCUGGCACAGGGCCUGCUGACGCUCGGCACGAUGACGGGCCCGCUCCUCGUCGUGCUCCACCUGAUCCCGCAGGGCGUGCUGGCGGGCCUCUUCUUCAUCAUGGGCUUCCAGGCUCUCGAGGCCAACGGCAUCACCGCCAAGCUGCUCUUCCUCGCCCGUGACGCCGCCGUCUUCGGGCCCUCCACGGGCCAGAACAACAACGACCAGCUGGCGCAGCUGCCCCGCCGCCGCCGCAGGAGGGUGGUCUGGGCGUUUGUGGCGCUCGAGCUGGUCGGGUUCGGCGCCACGUUUGCUAUCACCCAGACCGUUGCGGCUGUCGGGUUCCCCGUGUUCAUCCUCGCCUUGAUACCCGUCCGCGCGGCGCUCCUGCCCCGCUGGUUCGACCCGCUCGAGCUCGCUGCCCUCGACGGGCCGACCGCGAGCCCGUUUACCAUGGAGAGUGUGGGGGGGUCGUAUGGCGGCGGGGAGGAGGAGGAUCAGGACGGGGAGGAGGGGGGGAGCGUCAUCGAUGCGCCUGACGGGUCUGGGUCGGGGAACGAUUCUGGGGAGACGGGGGAGGGGGGCAACGGGAAGGGAAAGGGCAAGGGCGGUCUGUUCCGGAGCGACGAGGAGCUGGCAGAACUUGGGGAGGGAUUCCCGGCGGGGAUGACGAGGCGCAGGGGGAGUGCCAUCGGGAGGGGCGAGGGCGGCGGCGAGGUCGUCGAGAUGGCGCGCUUGGGCGCCAAUAGGCGGAGUAGUGGGCACGCUGGUCGGGCUGGCGUGUGAGGUUCGCUUGGUCGGCUGGGCCGGAGGGAGGGAGGGAGAGACGAUGGGUAGAUGGGUCUGGGGCCAUCGAAGGCUUGGAAAGGUCGGUGUCGUAGAGGGGUAGAUAGAUGCCUGUAGAGGUCAGUUGCAUUGGUUGAGGUCCACCUGCGGUCAGGGAGGAGCAGUCGCGAGUUCAUCGGCGACGUCUGAUCGGGCGACAUGAGAGCAAGGCGGUUUAGAGGAUCAAGUAUAGAAAGAAAGAGGUGUUCAAAUAGAACAUAUUAUCCUAUCGAGCCUUGCGAGACUCCCAAGUGCGAGAUACAGCAGGCCAUUUACUUGGCCGGGCUUUUUCGCCUCGUACGGUGCUUCGAAUGCCCUCAGCAG